AUUCUCGUCUGCUAUUUUUGUCUCGCUAUUUAACAAACCAACGAUAGUGACACAUCACUAGUAACCCAAAAAUUUUAAUUCACCAUCCCCACACUUGGAACUUGGAUGUUCCCCACAAUUAUAGCUUUCAGCUGAAUUCCAAAAGCUCUCACAAUGCUAAAAAAACAUAACACAAAAAGCUUUGGCUCCAAGUUGCACUCGAAAGUUAAAGAUAUUUGCUUUUUUUGCUUGUUCGUUCGAUGAAAAUAUUUUUACUUUUUCACAGUCGCACUUAAAAUCGGUGGGGAACGAAUCAAACUGUGUUGUGCUGCGCUGCUGUGUCAUUUCGAAGGGUCUCUGCUUCUUGCUAGCUUAAAGAAGAACGAAGUGAAAAUCAUAUAAAAAAAACCGUGAGAAAGAAAACCUUUUUGUAAAUUUCCCUGUGUUUAAGUGCAAAGUGCGUGAAUUGUUGGGAAAUUUAAUUUAAUUGUGAGUUUUCACUUCGAAAUUCAAUUUCGAUAGUAAGAACUCUCUGCUUGCUGUUGAUUGGGAAGAAAAAAAUAAAAAAUGGCCGAGGGAAGUACGGACGAACAAAUCCAUGGAUAUUUGGAAUAUAAUGACACUGAGAUAAGUCAGCUACGCAUCAAAGUACUUGGAGGACAAUCCCUAGCGAAAAAAGAUAUAUUUGGAGCCAGUGAUCCUUAUGUCAGAAUCGACCUCAACACAAUUCAUGGUGAUAUAAAUAUCGACUCGGUCCUAACUAAGACUAAAAAGAAGACUUUGAAUCCAAUGUGGAAUGAGGAAUUUAUUUUUAGGGUGAAACCAAACGAACAAAAAUUAGUAUUUCAAGUAUUUGAUGAAAAUCGUUUAACCAGAGAUGAUUUUCUGGGCAUGGUCGAACUGACACUGGUUAACCUACCCAAAGAACAAGAAGGCAGAACUAUAAAUCCAAAAAGUUACUCAUUGCGGCCUAGAAGGUCAGUAGGCGCCAAAUCCCGAAUAAAGGGCACAUUAGACAUUUAUCACGCUUACAUACGUGACGAAGUAAAUGCCUCACCCGAUGGCGAUUGGGAUCAUGUAGAAAAUGUAUCCAUAACUGGAACACAAUCAGGGAAUCCCUUUCCAAACACAGCAUCAGAACCUCUGCCUCAGGGUUGGGAGGAAAGACAAGAUGCAAAUGGACGAACGUAUUAUGUCAAUCAUACAGCUCGAACGACACAAUGGAACAGGCCACUACUAUCAGCGACAAAUUCGAUUUCAGCUGAUGCUGCUGCAUCCGAUUUUCAAAGACGGUUCCACAUCAGUGUGGAUGACUCAGAGGCGCAAAGAAAUCCGGAUACCAUCAGUCAAGCUAGCAUAGAUGACAACACCUCACAACAAUCGUUGAACUCAUUAAAUUCGGAUAGAAGAACUCAAGCUCAAUUACGUCAGGCACCGGCUGUACCAAGUUCAUUAUCUCGGCGAGCUAUGGAUAAUGUUCAAAAUAGUAACUACUAUAAUGCUGAGACAUCAUCAGCUGCCGCUUCAGUUAAUGUACCUAGUUGGGGAACAACUAUUAAUAACAACGAACCCCAACAGAACUCAAAUCAAUUGACCGAGGAUGUAGAUCAAGCCGAUAGUGGCAACCGAUCGGAGAACUCAGCUUCAUCGACGAGACGAAAUUCUGUCGAAGACAACACAGCAGUUGGCGAUCAAACCACAACGAAUAACGAUGAAGAAAGUCUGCCGCCACAAUGGUCAAUGCAAGUUGCACCAAAUGGACGAACAUUUUUUAUCGAUCAUGUGGCACGUAAAACCACUUGGAUUGAUCCUCGUAAUGGCAGAGCUAGUCCAAUGCCAAAUCAAACACGACGUGUUGAAGAUGAUUUGGGACCGCUGCCAGAAGGCUGGGAAGAACGUGUUCAUACCGAUGGUAGAGUGUUUUACAUAGAUCAUAAUACGCGAACAACACAAUGGGAGGAUCCAAGACUGUCUAAUCCAAAUAUAGCUGGGCAAGCCGUACCAUACUCUAGAGAUUACAAACAAAAGUAUGAAUAUUUCAAAAGUCACAUUAGAAAACCGACAAAUGUACCAAACAAAUUUGAGAUUCGCAUAAGGCGUACAUCAAUAUUAGAAGAUUCAUAUCGGAUUAUUAAUUCAGUUAAUAAAACCGAUUUACUAAAGACUAAACUAUGGGUAGAAUUUGAAGGAGAGACUGGUUUAGAUUAUGGUGGCCUUGCCAGAGAAUGGUUCUAUUUAUUAUCCAAAGAAAUGUUUAAUCCAUACUAUGGACUAUUUGAGUACUCAGCAAUGGAUAAUUAUACAUUACAAAUUAAUCCAUUUAGUGGCCUAUGCAAUGAAGAACAUUUAAAUUAUUUCAAAUUUAUUGGAAGAAUUGCCGGUAUGGCUGUUUACCAUGGAAAACUUUUAGACGCCUUUUUCAUUCGACCCUUUUAUAAAAUGAUGUUGCAAAAGCCAAUUGAUCUAAAAGAUAUGGAAUCAGUAGAUACAGAAUACUAUAAUUCAUUACUUUGGAUUAAAGAAAACGACCCAAGCGAAUUGGAAUUGACGUUCUGUGUGGACGAAGAAACAUUCGGCCAUACAAGCCAACGAGAAUUGAAAACAAAUGGUGCCAAUGUUGAUGUUACCAAUGACAACAAAGAUGAAUAUAUUAAAUUAGUAAUCGAAUGGCGUUUUGUUUCACGUGUCAAAGAACAAAUGACAGCCUUCUUGGAUGGCUUUGGUUCCAUUAUACCCUUAAAUUUAUUAAAAAUCUUUGACGAACAUGAACUCGAGCUUCUAAUGUGUGGUAUACAAAAUAUUGAUGUUAAAGACUGGCGCGACAAUACCCUGUACAAGGGUGACUAUCACAUGAAUCACAUUAUCAUUCAAUGGUUCUGGAGAGCUGUGCUCUCAUUUUCCAAUGAAAUGCGUUCUCGUUUAUUGCAAUUUGUAACUGGUACAUCAAGAGUUCCAAUGAAUGGAUUCAAAGAGCUCUACGGCUCAAAUGGACCACAAAUGUUUACAAUUGAAAAAUGGGGUACACCUAAUAAUUAUCCAAGAGCCCAUACAUGUUUCAAUCGUUUGGAUUUACCACCCUAUGAAGGUUAUUUACAACUCAAGGAUAAACUCAUUAAAGCCAUCGAGGGUAGCCAAGGUUUCGCUGGAGUCGAUUAAAUUAUUUUUUUUUAUUGUUAAUAAAUUUUUUAUUUUUACAAAAAAGUCGAUACAAUCUUGUACUUAUCCUAGGAGCACUUUUUUUAUGAAAUUUUCAUACUUUAAACAAAUUAAAAAAAAAAAAACACUUAAAAAUAAAAACGAUACAUUUAUUAUACAUUUUAACUGCAAAAUUAAUUCCUUAAAAAAGUGCUUUGCAAAACAAAAUGCAAAAAACAUUCCACAUUGACAACUACUAGUAGAGGAGAUUGAUAAAUAAUAUUUCUACUCUCCUUCACUAAGCCAAUGUAAAGAUUUUUUUAAUACAACACAAUUCUAUUCCAAAAACAAAAAAAAAAAAAAACAA